AUGAGUAAUAUUCAACACCAUACGAAAUUGAAAAAUAAAUCAAUAUCGUCAGCAAAAGACCGCAUAUCGGAUAAUGAGCUGUCUAUUCCCAUUCCAUCUCGACAAGAGCAUUUAAAUGAUCGAACUGACUUUACGUUGGAUCCAUCAUUAAUAUUUGAUGAAUUACCACAACCGUUUCGACGAAUCAAUAAAGUGCUUGAAUCAAUUUUUGAUGAUGCAUGGGCUAUUAUUGAACAGCGCGAAAAACAACGUCUUAUUGAUCAAACAAAAUUUGUAUCAGCUCAACAUACAUCAUCAACAAUCAUAAAUACUCCAUUUCCAAUAUCUAUGAUUGGUAGUCACAUAUCUGGCACUUUGUGUUUCUUUAAUGGUAUCCAAAAUGAACAGGCAUAUCUUGUUUGCUACGAUAAUCAAAUCGAUGAAAUAAUAAAUUACAUAACAGUUGAAAAUUCUUUACAAAACAUGAUCGUAUUUAAAUCUGAUUCAUCCAUAAAAGAUACAAUUUAUUUCUUAAGUGUUAUUGAUAAAUUAGGCUAUUGGAAAAUGUUUGCCUAUAAAAAUCAACAAUUUUAUCUUUUAUUCACACAAUAUGAAACAGACGAUGAUAGUAAAAGACCAAUAUGCUUAAUGACACAAGUUGGUUUAGGCGAUGAAUAUUUAGUUGUUUCUUGGUUCGGUAAUAAUGAUUCAUGGUUAGAAGUAUACAAAUUACCAAAAGAACAAUGGAAAUCAGAAAUAACUACUCAAGAACAGGCAACGACUGGUAAUGAGAAUCAAAUAGAGGAGAAUGCAUCACAACAAUCAACAGAAACUAGAUCAAAAUUAAUGCGUACUCAAUUUUCUCGUCCAGCCUUAUUGUUUAAAACAAAAGCCCCGAAAUUUAGUCCAGGAUCGAAUAAUUUUCCACAACUAAUGAAAAAUACUGAAAAUCAAUCCAAUAUUGGACUUGGAAUAUCAAAUCAUUUUUAUACUCAACAAGUUAUUGAUGCAAAAAUGUUACUAAUUCGAGAUUUAGUUAUGCCAACAGCUAAUGAUGCAUCUGAUCAAGUAUUGCAAAUACCUAAAUUUGAAUCAUAUCCACCUAUAAUUCCUAGCAUCGUUUUUAUUCCAGCGAAAUCAACAACAGCAGGAGCAGCCAAUUGUCUAGCGGUGAGUUGGUCAACAACAAAUCAAUUACUUAUCUAUAAAAUUGCUAAAUCAGAAAAUAAAGGAAAAGAUGCUUUUGAUACUCGUCCUAUUGUUAUAUGGCCAUUUGCUAGUCGUAUUACAAGUUUAGCAUACGAUUCUAAACAUGAACAUCUUGCUGUAGCUCUUCAAUCAGGCAAUGUUUGUAUUAUUGAAAGAAAAGCAGGAUUUAACGAUCCUCCAUCAAUUCAAAAUGUUAGUUCAUCUCAAAUAAUCGAUAUACGUGCACUUGAUACCGUAGAACAUUCUUUUAAUAUUGAUACUCAUGAGAGACAGAAUGGAAUUUUUGUUUUGUCUAAUGAUGGCCAAAUAUAUCGUGUCAAGUUUAAAUCAAUAUUAAAUGAAGAAAAAAAUGAUGAACAACAAAAUGUAGUCGCCUGUUUCCCUCAGAAACAAAAUAAAGACGCAUCAAAAAUUGUUCGAAUUCUGUUUUUUAAUUGUAAUCCAGCAAAUUUAUUUGUAAGUGUCAAUGAACUUAAUCGUAUUUAUAUAAACGAUGCAUUAAAAUGUAAACAAUUAUGUGAAAUUGUUUUACCGCAAACAAAAAAUGAUCACAAUGAUAAUCAUAAUAAUUCUUCGAUUCAAAUUGCAUUUCUUGAUAGUGCAAGAUCAAUCAUUGUUGGAGUUCCCGAAAAUACGAAUCAAAAUCAAGAAAAUGUGCCAUCAUUUUUACGUCUUUAUCGUGUUCCGUUGGAACAUUUUCCUUCUCUUGAAAAUUAUUAUCCCGAACGUAUAAUCUCAACUCUAGAUGAAAUCGAAUCAAUUCCGGAUACAAAGCCAGCAAAAAAUACAAGUUCACAAACUAAGAAAAGUAGUGUAACAACUGAGAUAGAUAAAUUUUCCUUACAAUUCGAUGAAAAAAUAAAAGAAAUGUUUCGUACAAGACAAUCAUACGCAUAUGAACGACGUGAACGUUUACGUGGUCGUUGGAAUGAAAUAAAACUUCAUUUUAAUCCUGUAUAUGAACAGAUUAAAUAA